AUGAUUGUCAUUUACAAGACUGGUGGUAGCGAGCAGCCAGAGGUUGGCAUAGAGCGGGUAGAUAUGGGCGCCCCAAUUGCGAAGUAUGGCGGAGACGCUCAGCCAGAUGCACUGGUGGCUGAACCAGGAAGUUCAGAGAAGCCAAGAAUGCUGGAGGACGUCAAGGAGAAGAUGAAGCAGCUCCGCCUUGCCAGUGGCGAGACUCACGGCGAGGCACAGAUGCCUGUCACUUGCGCACGGCUCAUCUUUCCUGCCCUUGACGCCGCUGGACUUGCUUCCCCUGCUGCGAAAGAAGAACGCAAUAGCGAUGAUAUAGGCAGUAGCAUCAAGGCUUAG